ACACCCGAAAUGUUCCGAGGUUGUUGUUCCGUCAGAAUUGAGGUUUUCCAACCUAAACUAGAAGUGGGCCUUAGCAAGACAAAACUAGAACGUUAAACAGUUUACCAAGUCAUUGAUGUCGAAGAAACUGUUGUCAUGUUUCGGAAGGCGUAAAGAUAGGACAAGUCGAGUGAUGGCGUCGGAAUCGAUUACCCCACACAGUGCUUUGCCAAACAGUGGAAAUAGAGAAUGUCAACAAAAACCGUCUCUUGUGUCGCAGUUUUCGAAGGAAGUUACCGAUUUUAGUUCCCAGUAUGGCAGCGAGACAAGCAUAUCGUACACAGCGUGUAAUCUGGCAGGGAGAAGCAACAUCUAUCCGACAUAUGGGGACUUUACGCAAGCAUGUGUAUUUAGAACCUAUGGACCCUGGUGGAACAAUGUACCUUCAUCUAGAAAAAAAUUCAACAAAAGGCCAGCAGAUUUCUGCAGUGAAGAUUUUAUUGAGAUAUCAUUUGAUAUAGAAGUGUUUCCAUGUAAGAUAGAAAUUUGGGAGACCUACAAUCCCGGAGCUGUAGUGAAGAUCUUAGCCUGCGAUAGCACCAGCGGCUCCGACGUGGACUCCGGUAAAGCCAGUUACAGAUGGCAGACAUUGUGGAAGGGAGAACCAGAAGAAUGUCCACCAAAAGCCAGGAUAUUUUCACCUCCACUGACAAACCCAUCCUUCAAAACUAAGUUGAUCAGACUGGAGUUGUACUCCGUGAAGUGUCACUACUACACAGAACUGGACUGCAUUGUAAUGUACGGAUCAUUACAACCAUUCCCAGACAUUGAACACUUGUACCUACAACAGAUGGACGAAUAUAAAGACUACUCGGAGCCUGACAACUACGUCUACAUGAUCACCUCCCUUAUGAACCAACUCAGUGUAGAGGCAGUCACACAGGGGGAGAUACUGGAUGGAAUUCCACCAACAUGGGAGAAUAAGGAGGGCACUCUCCCUAUCUUACAGCCCAGAGUGGAUGAAGAGGAAGAUCAGGCGGAGGUAGAAGCUGACGAGGAGUUGUCUCCCCUUGAUACUGAAGUGACAACAGAGGAAGAUAUCAUCGUUGAAGACAAUGGCUUCUUUGAUUUGUUACCGGAGGAAGUCAUCCGUCUGAUUCUGAGUUACCUGGAUUUGUCCUCGUUAAUUAGUACCUGUUGCACGUGCAGGUUACUACAGAAGCAAUGUUCUGAUUCCCUACAGUAUACAGAACUUAAUCUCCAGCCAUACUGGUAUAAGGUGGACAGUAGCAUGUUGGAGAGUUUCCACUCGAGAUGUUCACACCUUCACCAUCUCAACUUAUCCUGGUGUGGUGGCCGCAAUAGUACUGUGUCCACUGCAGCUUUCGAGGCGUUCUUACGGACAUGUGGAAGAGAGUUAUCUACCCUUUACUUAGCCAACUGUAGCUUCGUCAACUCGGAUGUGAUGAAGUCUAUAGCCAACUUCUGCCCAAAACUGAAAGAUCUAGACAUCCAAAGUUGUUCCAAGAUAGAUGGUACAGAUUUACUACAACUGAAGAACCUACCAAACAUUACACGUCUUAACUUAUACCGAUCCCUGGUCGACGUCCAAAGUCUCACAGCACUCCUUGAAGUUUUUAAAAACCUGGAAAUUUUAAAUCUUGGAUCAUGUACAAGAAUAAAUAACUUUGAUGAAGUGUGCCUAGCUCUUGGUGAAAACUGCAAGAAGCUGAUUUCACUUGACCUUUGGCGGUCAAGGACAAUCACUGGAGAUGGACUAGUUUCUCUGGCCAAUGGCUGUCCCGAGCUGGAGGAACUUGAUAUAGGCUGGUGCCCAGAAUUACGUUUGUGUUCCACAAGUCUGGUCCAACUUGUCCAGAAAUGUCCAAAGCUGAAGAAGCUGUUUUUGACUGCGAACAGGAAUGUCUGUGAUCUAGACCUUAUAGCUAUCUCCACCCACUGUCGGGAACUACAACAACUUGAUAUUCUUGGGACGCGAGAAGUGUCCAAAAAGGCUGUGUACGAUGUUUUACAGAACUGUACUAAACUGACCAUGUUCGACGUCUCCUUCUGUAUGUCAAUAGACUUCCCUUGUGUGGAGGCAUGGAAACAGGAAUUCCCACAUGUUAACAUCAAGAAAAGUAGCCAGCACUAGGUUGUCAUGGAAUUUCUUCAAUAUCCAUAGUGUUGUCAUGGAAUUUCUGAUAUCUGUAGUAUUGUCAUGGAAUUUCUGUGAUAUCUGUAGUGUUAUCAUGGAAUUUCUGUGAUAUCUGUAGUGUUGUCAUGGAAUUUUUAUGAUAUCUGUAGUGAAUUGUCAUGGAAUUUCUGUGAUAUCUGUAGUGUUGUCCUGGAAUUCAACAAAUAUCUACAUGUAAUUUAUAAGUAAAAUCUAGUACUAUUCUGAAACAUUAAACUUAUCAUGUAUACUAUGUCAUACAUGGAAAUAAGAUUGGAGAUUUUUUACAUGAAUAUAUUCAAUUGUUCAAUAUUAUGCUUCAGACGUUCUUUUCUCAUGACAUGUGAUAAUUUUGUUAAAGGAUUUAUGUAAUUAUGUGAGUUAUUAUGGUGGAAGGUCAAGUAGACAAAAUAUAGAGCUACCACGACCACUGGUACAAUUUGUGAGGUGUAUAAUUGUACAAAAUUUCAUUAAUGAGUACUUAAAUUGUUUUUGUCACUUCAUUAACCCAUUCUUUGUGAUAUUUUACAUAUUCUAUAUGUAAGACUUAUUGUUUUUGAGAUUUAAAAAUCAUUUUCGAGA